AUGGACGUUCAUAAUGCUUUCUUGCAUGGGGAUCUAGACGAGGAGAUCUAUAUGGAAGUGCCACAACGUUUACAGAGACAGGGGGAGAAUAAAGUAUGUCGUCUUCGCAAAUCUUUGUAUGGACUCAAGCAAGUUUCCAGACAGUGGUACGCGAAAUUUGCUAAGUCUCUGAUAGUUGCGGGUUUUCAACAGUCCAAAUUCGAUUAUGUGGUCUUUACAUGGACUCAAGGUACGUCAUUUAUUUACUUGAUGAUAUACGUAGAUGAUAUACUUAUUAUGGGCAACGACGAAGUAGCUAUCAAGGGUUUCAAGGAAUAUCUACAUUCCACUUUCAAUAUUAAAGACCUAGGUCCUCCCAAGUAUUUUCUUGGAAUUGAAAUUGCGCGGUCAAACCAAGUUAUCUCCCUCAGCCAAAGGAAAUUUGCCCUAGAAAUUAUUUCAGAAGUAGGUUUAUCGAGAUGUAAGCCAGCAGUGAUACCAAUAGAGCAAAAUACCAAACUCACUAUAGCGGAUUAUGAUGCUGGACUAUCUCAACAAAAUGAUCCCGUUCUCAGGGAUCCAUUGGGGUAUCAGAAACUUAUUGGGAAGCUUAUAUAUUUGACUAUGACCAGGCCAGACAUAAGUUAUGCUGUGCAGACGCUCAGUCAAUUUAUGCACCAACCUAAGGAAUCUCAUAUGAAUGCUGCACUGAAGGUGGUAAAAUACUUGAAGAAAAGUCCUGGACUUGGCAUUCUCCUUUCUAGGAAAUGUGACAUGAGGAUGACUGCAUAUUGUGAUUCAGACUAUGCAACUUGCCCAAUGAGCAGAAGGUCCAUAACCGGUUUCUGUAUUAAGUUGGGGGAUUCCUUACUUUCGUGGAAGACGAAGAAACAGCCAACCGUUUCAUUAUCCUCGGCAGAGGCAGAAUAUCGUGCCAUAGCUAAAACCACAUGUGAAAUAGUGUGA